AUGGCGGGGCGAAAUGUGGGAAUGCCGAGAUGCGGUUCUGCAGGUACUCACUCGCGCGUGCAGCUUGAAGCUGGACAGGACCUCCUCGCCCGGGAGCAAGAGUACAAGCGUUUAAAUGCAGAAUUGGAGGCAAAAACUGCUGAUCUGGUUAGACAAGCUGAUGAAGCAAUAAGAGAUCAGCAAGAAGUACGAGCUAGGCCUUUUUCAACAAAAAUUACAUCAUGCAAAGAGGAAGAUGGUUCCAGUACAAGAGAUCUAUUGUCAUCUGAAGGGAUGGCUCAUCUAUGGUCAGAAACCAAGCCAAAGACCAAAAGCACUGGUCCUGUAAACAAGGUUCAAACCAGAUUCCACUCUGCAGAGAAAGAAAGGAAAACAAAUUCAAGUGUUAAGCUGAAAUAUCCCAGUGUGCAAACUGCCAAUGAUGUGGCCAUCCCAGACGAUUUCUCAGACUUCUCCCUUGCCAAGACAAUUAGCAGAAUUGAAGGGCAACUGGAAGAGGACAGCUCGCCGGGGCACGCCGAUGACGACAUUCUCUGUGGUGUCAGUAAGGACAUUGGGACAGAGGCUCAGCUCAGAUUUCUAAAGGCCAAACUCCAUGUGAUGCAGGAGGAACUGGACAGCGUGGUGUGUGAAUGCAGUAAGAAGGAGGAUGAAAUUCAGGACUUAAAGUCCAAGGUGAAAACCUUUGAAGAAGACUGUGUCAAACAGCAGCGAACAAUUACUUCACAGCAGUCUCAGAUAGAAAAGUAUAAGAACCUUUUUGAAGAGGCAAACAACAGAUGUGACGGACUUCAGCAGCAGCUCUCGGCGAUAGAGAGGGAAUUAGAAAAUAAAAGAAGAUUACAAAAACAGGCCGCUACAAGUCAAAGUGCCACAGAAGUUCGCCUGAAUCGCGCUCUUGAAGAAGCGGAGAAGUACAAAGUGGAGUUGAACAAACUCAGGCAAAGUAACAAGGAUAUUGCAAAUGAGGACCACCAAAAAAUUGAAGUGUUAAAAUCAGAAAACAAGAAGCUAGAAAGACAAAAAGGAGAAUUAUUGAUAGGGUUCAAGAAACAAUUGAAAUUAAUUGACAUUUUGAAAAGGCAGAAGAUGCACAUUGAAGCUGCCAAGAUGCUGUCUUUCAGCGAGGAAGAGUUUAUGAAGGCUCUCGAGUGGGGCAGUUCAUGAGUGAGCGACUUCAACGUGACGCUUGUUUGUGAGCGUUUAUCCAACAUCGAAUUGUAGUGCUUCUUUGCUGUUCAUAAGUAAUGAGAUGUUUGUGAAAUAAAAAGUUCAGGGAUCAGCCUGCUGAAAUAAACCGUGUUUGGGAGAACAUUCUAAGGCAAAGCCAGACUACACUACUGGCCUUACUUCCUUUUUCUUUGAUAGUUGUACCAUAAAGAAGCAAGACUUUGACUUUUAAUUCUUUUUUUAUAACCUGAUAUGGGAGUGAUUUCUUUCUAAUCUGUUGCUUUCAUUGGUUAAUUAAUAAAGAAACUGCCUAGGCCCAUUUGAUAGGCCAACCCUUAGGUGGGUGGAGUAAACAGAACAGAAUGCUGGGAGAAAGAAGCCGAGUCAGGCAGUCGCCAUGAUUCUCCCACUCCAGACAGACGCAGGUUAAGAUCUUUCCUGGUAAGCCAGCUCGUGGUACUACACAGAAUAUUAGAAAUGGGUUAGAUCAAAAUGUAAGAGCU